AUGUCGCUCUGCAAGCAAUCAGUGUUAUCAGUUAUCAGUGUCAUGGUGAAAAUGUGGACUGCUUGGGUUGUCAUCGCACUUCUCACCUUUUUUUUUCUAUCAUCUAUUAAUGCGGGACAUAGCGAUAUCGCUGAUUGCGUUAUGUUGGUCGGAAAUAAUAUUAAAAAACCUUCCAUUUCACCGAAUGCUUGCCUCGAUGUUGAUGGAGCUUUUUGUUUCGCAGUAUUCCCAUUGACGGACGUAAUUGCAAAUAACUUAAUGCCGUUAGAAUUUUAA